AUGACGACAGCUCUGACCGCCUUCGCACAAUCGGCUAGCGGUGGCUUACUCACCUUCUGUCCGCCGGAUACGGACGCUGGUGUCGGCAAUAUUCUCGCCAUGUCGCAUGGAACAGAUGCGGGAGAUGUGCAGCCGAGCGCUGGCAAUUUCUAUCGCUUUCCAGCGCGACAGCCACUCUCACAACCUUGGUCGAGGAAAGAGGAGAUUGCGAUCAAGAUGCAGAACGAAGACCUGGAUAUCCUGCGCAAUGAGGCGAACGCAAGCCCUGAGCGCUUCGCAAAUUGGGACCCGCACCGCCAGUUUCGCGAAGAGUACCACAGACGGCACUUGCAUGACCAGACACCUGAUGAGCGCCUGCGCAACAUCGAAGCACACGAACGAGGAGAGCGCACCCAGAGCGAGAUAUCCUUCCCAACAGAAGCAGUAGCAUCACCCAUCAGAGAAAAGGAAGAGGAGGUUGCCUCGCCUCUCUCACGGCACAGCACAUCUUCGGCUUCGACUGUUAGCUCUGCAAGCUCUGCAUCCACACAUAGCGCACGUCUCGAAGAAAUACGCACCGCCCGCUCAACCCCCGCACGCGACCGCCGACCGACCGUCAAUUCGCAGGCCUCGAGCGGCAACUACCUGACACUACAUCCCACUGAACGCAACCCCGAAGCUAUCCGCCGAAUCGAGACACACAGAAGUCAGCAUGCAGGCACAGUCGGUGCAUCGCGCGUCGAUUCGCGGUUAUCGAGGACCCUCACACGCCGUCGUACAGAGAAGCCAUUGCCGAACCUAGGAGCUGGCAAGCCUUUCCCCCCGCUGCUACCGGACAGGGAAGAAUAUGUAGUCGAGUUCGACGGCGUCGACGAUCCGCUGCAUGCGCAGAACUGGCCGAUGAAGAAGAAGAUUGGCAUUGGUGCUAUCCUAGCAUUCGACGCCCUCACAGCCACCAUGGGUAGCAGUAUCUUCUCGGCCGCUACAGGAGCAGUAUCGCAACAAUACGGUGUUGCCAAUGUUGUGGGCACUCUAGGAACGAGUUUGUUCGUUUUUGGAUAUGCCUUUGGACCUUUGAUGUGGGCACCUUUCUCGGAGCUGUAUGGCCGAAAACCUCCCCUCAUCAUCGCCGCCUUUGGUUUUGCCAUCUUCAGCAUCGCCGUCGCCGCAGCCAAAGAUAUCCAGACCAUCAUGAUAUGUCGAUUCUUCGCCGGUCUCUUCGGCUCCUCUCCUCUCGCUAUCGUCGCCGCCGUCUUCGCUGAUAUGUUCGACAACAAACUCCGCGGUCUCGCCGUCGCAGUCUUCUCCGCAACCGUCUUCAUGGGCCCUCUACUCGCACCCUUCAUCGGAGGAUUCAUCACCCAGAGCGAUCUUGGAUGGCGGUGGACCGAAUACAUCAGCAGUUUUAUGGGCUUUUUGUCAUUCGCUCUGCUCUUCUUCUUCAUGGAAGAGACAUACCCGCCUGUCGUGCUGAUCAACAAGGCGAGCGAGCUGAGGAGACGAACCAAGAACUGGGGUAUCCACGCCAAGCAGGAGGAAAUUGAAGUCGACUUCAAGGAGCUGAUCGUUAAGAACGUCAGCCGACCGAUGCGCAUUCUCUUCACCGAGCCUAUUGUACUGCUCAUCACCAUCUACAUGAGCUUUAUAUAUGGUUUACUCUACCUCUUCCUUACCGCAUACGCCCUCGUCUUCCAAGGCGUCUACGGCUGGAGUCCCGGCAUCGGCGGACUUGCCUACUUCGGCAUGGUCGCUGGUGAAGUGAUCGCUUUCAUCAUCAUUGUCGUCGACAACCCACGAUACAUCAAAAAGCUGGAAGCCAACAACAACAUUCCCGUCCCAGAAUGGCGCCUACCCAUCAGCAUGGUCGGUGGUGUGCUCUUCGCAGCCGGUCUCUUCUGGUUCGGAUGGACAGGCUACACCGGCAAUGUUCACUGGAUCGUCCCUGUCCUGAGCGGUCUCUUCACCGGCUUCGGAAUCUUUUCCAUCUUCCUCUCGCUUCUCAACUACAUUGUCGACGCGUACCUUAUGUUUGCUGCUUCCGCUAUUGCAGCAAACACCUUUAUGCGGUCCAUGUUUGGUGGAGUCUUCCCACUAUUCGCAACCUUCAUGUUCAAUGGUAUGGGAAUCCAAUGGGCCAGUACACUGCUUGGCUGCGUGGCGCUCGUACUUGUACCGAUGCCAGUGGUCUUCUAUGUAUUUGGUAAGAGAAUCCGAGGCAAGAGUAACUUUGCACCUGCGCCAGAUAUCGCUCAAGACAAGAGGAGAGAUGAAGAGAGCAAGGGAAGCGAAGGUGUUGAAGCGGGAAGUGGUGAGACGACCGAGCGGGAGAGCCUGGACAGGGCGAGGAGUAAAGAUGAGUAG